GUACUGUUGAUAGGCUACUUGAAAAACUAGUGCGCACUGCGUGGAGAGGGAGUGACGCUAGAACUGCUUGUCAAAAAUACAUCACAUUUAAUUAGACGCGAUUGUUUAACAUGUUACUUUAAUUAUAAUUUAUCCCCUGGUGAAGUUUCACAACCAUAGUUUUGCUUUCGAAGCGUAACGGCACAAGUGGGUUCACAAUAGGUCUCAAACACGCAGUCUGUUUAUUGAAGGAAGUUAUUGCGCAAUCGAGUCCUUGGCUCUGGCGGAUUUUGUGCGCGCUGCUGGAUCUAGGACGCGCGCUGUUUUGUUCUUUUCAGGCAUCAGCGUUGAAUUUGCGGAUUGUGAGAUCAACAAUACAGCUGAGGGAUGAGGCUUGAGAAAUAUGAACACUCAAAUUCCUAGAGCUGUGGCUGCAAGGACUGACCAUCCAUGAGAUCAAAAUGAUUAGUGGUAACCCGAUAAAGCCCUAUGUAUGACCUAAUGAUACCAUCACCUUCUGCACUCUGAUCAUCACUCCGCCAUGACUAGACCUGCCAACACUACACAGUGUCCCCCGGUCCAACCACUACUCAAUGAGAUGGCAAAAAAUGGGGCAGACUGCGAGCUACCUCAGAGGCGCCUAUCAGCCAGAGAAAAGCACAACGGGCAGUCUGCAGACUCCUUGUCGCUGAGUGAGAGGAAGCAGAGGGACCGCAAGGAGCGUGUGUCUCUGGUGUUAUGGAAGAAACCGCUCGUCACGCUACACUACUUCCUGUGGGAGCUGCUCACAACCCUGAAGGACUGGAUGUGGAGGUUAUGGCGGCAGAGACAUUCAGUCUUGUCUCUGCUGGUGCUGGUCACCCUCUUCUCCAUCGCCUACUCUGUUAAAGGAACACAUCAGAAGUAUGUGCAACACAUGGAGAAGAGGUUCCUGUGGUGUGCCUACUGGGUAGGCUUGGGUAUCCUGUCAUCUGUGGGACUGGGGACUGGCCUGCACACCUUCCUCCUCUACCUGGGUCCACACAUAGCAUCAGUGACCCUGGCAGCAUAUGAAUGUGGUUCGGUCGAUUUCCCGGAACCCCCCUACCCCGAGCAGAUCAUCUGCCCCCAGGAAGAGGUGUUGUUGGGGGGGACAGAGGCCGUGGCCCAAGUGGGUGUGGAGGGCUUGGCGGGGGUGGCAGCAGCUGUACAGGGAAGCAUCUCCCUCUGGACCAUUGUCUCCAAGGUCCGCUUAGAGGCCUGCAUGUGGGGAGCAGGCACAGCCAUCGGGGAGCUGCCCCCCUACUUCAUGGCGCGGGCAGCGAGGCUGUCUGGAGAAGAGCCUGAUGAUGAAGACUAUGAAGAGUUUGGAGAGUUGCUGGAGCAGGCAGAGACUCCACAGGACUUUGCCACCAGAGCAAAACUAGCAGUGCAGAAAAUGGUUCAGAGAGUUGGGUUCUUUGGAAUUCUCGCCUGUGCCUCUAUCCCAAAUCCAUUGUUUGACCUGGCAGGUAUAACAUGUGGCCAUUUCCUUGUUCCCUUUUGGACCUUUUUUGGAGCGACACUAAUUGGGAAAGCCAUAAUCAAAAUGCACAUUCAGAAACUGUUUGUGAUCAUAACCUUCAGCAGCCACAUAGUGGAGCAGAUGGUGUCUCUGAUCGGUGCUGUCCCAGUGCUGGGCUCUCUACAGAAGCCCUUUAGGGAGUACUUGCAGGCCCAGAGAGCCAAGAUGCACCACCACGCGGGAGAGGGGACCUCAGCCGAUGAAAACUGGCUGUCGUGGGUCUUUGAGAAGGUGAUCGUGGUCAUGGUUUGUUUCUUUGUCUGCUCCAUCGUCAACUCCAUGGCCCAGAGCUAUGCCAAGCGCCAGCAGCAGCAGAUGUACUCUGAGGGGAAAACCAAGUGAAGGCAACACUAAGAAGUGAGAAGAGCAGCUAGCUUAGCACACAUUCUGGGCUCUCGGUCAAAAAAACCCUCAGCACAAACCUGCUGUAUCCUCCUCUUUUUUCUCUGUCUCCAAUAAUCUCCAAUGAGACACAAACCGCCAUAAUCCGAAGUAUGGGCGUCCAUGUUAUCGAUCGAUGGAUAUCCAUCCGUAUGAAGUAACCAUUUUCUUUGUUUCUGUAGUGAUACUGAAGGUUAUCCGUUUACAUGGAACUUGGACUUAAUUUAUUUGCUUACCAGGAUUUUUUGAUAGAGAUGAUGGCCCAUAGUUUUUUGCUUCCUCAGUGGUUGUUCACUAAAGGUAGGUGCAUGGCCAUGUGGUGUGGUGUUGUAUGGAUAGGACAUCCAUUUCAUUGAGCAGCUCUACAGUGACUGUGUGUGGGCGGGUCAGCAGCUACUGGCACUGAUUCUCCUCUGCGAGGACUUAAGUACUCUUUGGUCCAGCUUCCAUGACUAGAACUGAUAGUCUUAUCAUAGAGCCUGUUUAUUUAAAUGAUUAUGUUUGGCUUGGAUCGGUUUUAUUUUUAUUUGGUGUGUGCACUGUAAUGCAGGGACUGAUGUUAUAUAUUAUUUUAGUUGUGUAAGGCCUAAUCUGUUUUUCCCCAGUUCAUUUAUUAGGGUUUGUGUUUGUUGUUGUUGUUGUUUUUUCAACUGAAAUGGGAGAGACAAGGGAAUGUACAUGGAAUGCACAUCUUGUAAAUAUAGCUAUGAUAAUAUAGGAUUUUCAUAACUUCACUUCUACAAAUCUGAUGUAGAUAGAUCUGAAUAAAUCAAAACAGGGAGUUAAAUCACUUGAUUUUUAUCUGUACCUAUACUAGUAUUGAUGUCAUUUCUAUGCUGUAAAAUUCCACAGAGUGAGCACCUUUGGAUCAGACUUCAUAAAUCGUCCAUGAAUCAUUCUGCUGGUCCCUUUGUCUGGAGUUAUUUUCUACUUCCAAUAAGAGAGCACAUGAGUCAGACUUGGGGCUGCUCAUCCAACCAGAUGCACUGAUGGAUUGAAUCAGAUCUGUGUUUGUGCCACUUCUGGAACUCUCUUCCUUAUAGAGCCUUUCAUUCGGAUCACAAGUCGUGUUUGGUGGUAUCUGUUUAGUUUAUAUGAUCUUUUAGGGGUUGUGCCUGGUUUGAAGCUUGUGGUAAGUGAUUCCUUUGUCUUCAGUGCCUGGCUAUGGAGGGAGUUUCAGACAGUGUGUGUGUUAAUGCAGCAGACUCCUCUGCACUCUCUCAACUCCCAUGUAAAGCUUGAAUGCUCCGCAAGCUCAUGUUCACAAUUCCUCUGGGAGGAAGGGCAGCACUGAAAAUUAUGUUAUGUCAUCAAUAUGUUACUUUUUUCUGUCUUAUGCUUGUUGGAUAACGUCAGCUGGCUUGUGAUCCAAGAUUCCUAUUUUUCGUAAUUGCUUGUGAAUUAUUUUUGUAUUUUUUUGUACUGUUGCCCUGGUAUGUUGGUUUGGGAGCUCCGGGCGGACAGGCAGGAAAGGGGGGGAGUGAGUGGAGAGAAAAAGAGAGCGAGCGCAGUGAAACGGGUCUGUGGCGUUACCUCCAGUGAACCCUCCUAUGAACUCGCUGCACUGCCCCAGUGACGGAGCCAGGAGACAAAUCAGUCGAGUAGAUUCAAAACAGAGAGGCACUGUUGAACGCACAGAGCCUCAGCCUCCCUCCAGUCUGCUGCAGCUCUGCUAAUCACCCCAUUUAAAUACAGCCUCUCUCUCUCAGGGUAAGUAAUGGAAGGAUUUUUUCCCUCCUCUUCCCUCAUGUUACGUGUGUGUUUGUGUCUCAGGCAUGUCCGUCACUCUCUCGGCCUGUCAGAUAGCUUAUCAGACUGGUGUUGGCUGUUACAUUGCAAGGCGACAACAGCCUGUAGGCUGUCUGACAUUUCGGGCUCUUUCAUCUGACCAGCAUCCUGUUUUCUCUUUGUCCGUCUGUGGUUGUUGUCAUUGUUGAAGCAUCGGUUCCCAUUUUGAGCUGUGUGGUCUGAUGUUAUUGUUCCUUUGUUGCAAAAUAUUUUGGACAUAAGUUUGGUUUAUUCGCUCUCUUAUUGAUGUAUUCUUUGUUCACUUUUAAAGUGGUUAUAUAUGUAUAUCUGUUUGUAAAUUAAAAUGUAUUGCCGUUAAUUUGUCCGAUCGGUGUGUGUGUAUGUAUGUGUGCAUGUAUCAUUGCCUAUCUGUUAAAAGGGAUUGCGUGUGUUUCUGGAGUUUGUCUUAAUCCCCUUGAAUUUCCAGAGAAUCAGGAAAGCACACACCUUAUUGCACCACUCCAUUGUGACAGCCAGCCAGUAUUUGCUAUGGUACACGCAGUCCUCACCUCAGAUAGUUCCUCCUUCCACUUUCCACUUCUCUCUUUUCUCUCACACACUUCUUUCCAUUUUACACUAUUGCUCAAUAGCUGAUUUUUUUGUCUAACGUUGCAUUUUAUUAGUACAGCUUUUUUCUUGUUUUUGCUUCAGGGUUUGUAUUUAGAAGUAGCUGAAAUCAUGGCUUGACCAGUACAUGUUCUUUUUGUGGUCAUAAAUUUGCUGAGCCAAGAUGACUUAGCUUUUGAGAAAUGACUUAUGUUUUCCUUUGCAGUUUUAGAACAUCUUGUUCCAUAAGGGAGCCCCAUUUUUGUGUGUGUGUGUGUGUCUUUCUCUGUGUGUUUACGUUUCUAUGUGUAAAUGUCUGUGUAAUGGUAAGUGUCUGUACUUCGGAAUUCUUUUCGAUGUAUGUCCUGUUUUAUCCUUAAAUAAAGUGGACUGAAAUAAA